CUUUCCUGUCUAAUGCUCUUCUCUCCCUUCUGCCUACGUAUUCUCAGAUGUUGUGCUGACGUCCCGGCAACCCCUGGACUGCGGGAGAAACUAAUAAGGGGGUUCUGAAAGUUUCAUUGCUCUCCCCACCCAUCUAGGGAGUCUGCCUUAUCUGGAAACGCUGCUGGAAAGAGAGGCUGAAUUUCCUCCUGACUCACUUGGAAUUGCUCAUUCCGGGGUUAACUCAGCGGAUCUUUGACUCGGAGGCGCUGCCUCAGCCAUUGUGCAUGGAACGAUGGAAAACAGAAGGAGAAACCAUAAAGCUGCUGAACUGACAUUUCCCGAUUUCGUCAAUCUGGAGCCUGGAGACUUGAUUGAGGUCUUCCGUUUUGGAUACCAACACUGGGCCAUCUAUGUAGGAAAUGGCUUCGUGAUCCAUCUGGCUCCGCCAAGUGAAUAUGCCGGGGCAGGCUGCGCCAGCCUCAUGUCCACACUGACAGACAAGGCCCUGGUCAAGAAGGAGCUACUGAGGGACGUGGUUGGGAAUAACCGUUACCGAGUUAACAACAAGCAUGACUCCAAGUAUCCCCCUCUGCCCACAGCCAAGAUUGUCCGGAGGGCAGAGGAGAUGGUGGGCCAGGAGCUGCUGUACAAAGUCACCACUGAGAACUGUGAGCACUUUGUCACUGAGCUACGAUAUGGUGUGGCCAAAAGUGACCAGGUCCGAGAUGCCCUGGUAGGUGUUGGCAUUGCAGGGCUAGGCUUGGCUGCCCUGGGAAUCAUCGGUGCUGUGGUCAAGAGGAAGAAGCAACAGAACCAAUAACGGAACCAAUUACAGAGAGUCUGAGACUUUGGUGUUCUUUCGAGUUGUUUUAAUAGCCUGUUUUAAUAGUCUAAAAAAAAUGUGGUUUCCACGGGGGGCCAUCAUCUCGGAUACCUUCUAACCGAAACUCCCUGCCAAGAUGGGUACACUUUUCCCUGGAGUCACAAGUAAAAACAGGAGGGAUAAGUCAUACGUAGAACCUUCUCCUGUUAGGCAGAGAGGAACUGGAUUGGCUCUGGAAGAGUCCCUGGCUAGCAAAAAGUUGGCAGAGAAGGUCCCCAGCUUCUCAUUGAGACCUCCAACCUACAUUUCACCUCCACCUACAACUGGGGCCGCCAACUUUUGAACCAGCUCCUGCUUCUGUGCCUUUAAUAGUGGUCAGAUUAGUAGCCGAUCCUGUUUAGCGCUGUGUCAUGAAAAGUUUCACUUGCUGAGUUCUGAGGAGCAAACAUCCAUUACAGGUUCCCCCCCCCCCGAUCCAUUGGCACCCCAAUUUGAGACCCAGAGAGUAACUUGCCUGUGAGAGCCACUUUAGCAUACAGUUUAGAGUGUUGGACUAGGAAGAUCUGAGUUCAAAUUGCAACUGGUCCGUGAAGCCGAUUGGGUGACCUUGGCCCGCCGUUCUCCCUCAGCCUAACUUACCUUGCAGAGUUUUUAUGAGAGGGCCUGAACGCCUUGGAGAAAGGGGUGGCAUAAAAACGUGAUAGAUAGAUUGCUCAUUGCACUGAGUGAAUUAGUGGCAGAGGAGCGAUUUGAAUUUGCCAGUGUACAGUUAUGAUUGUGGAGUGCCAAAUAUUUAUCUGCUGAGGAGGUGUUCAGUGGUUAUUUAUUUAUUUAUUCACAUCACAUUUCUGUACCAAAGCGGAGGUCUCUGAAUGUAAGCAGUAGUCAGGUUAAGGUGCUCCAGAUGAAUGUAGAUAGGGUUGCCAGGUCCCUAUACCCUCCUGAGAGACCUGGUACUUAACGGGAGGACGAUCCUCCCGGUGCCGACGUGAUGAUGUCACUUCAAGACGUUAUGAUGUCACGCCCUGCCGGGAGCAUGCCUGCUGUGCUCUUGCCCAGGUUGCCUGCCGGUGGCGGGUGAUCACUGGGCACUUUGCCACCUGUGCAAACUGCCAGGAGACUGCCUGCCCCUGAUGGACAACUGGGAAACCUAGAGGCAGAUGACACUUACAUAGACCUUAACGUGUGAGAUGGAGGGUCGUUUGUAUACAUGAAGGAUGCCCUAGGUGGGAAGGGACGCUUGUAAAUUUUGCAAAGCUGAAAACUUCCAGCAAGCUCUUGAAUGAAAUGCCUGGGCCUGUGCUAUUGCAGGCACAGGGAAGAUAUUAGUAGGGAAACGGUGAAAUUGUUCUGAUUCGAAAUGGUUUGUGCGGGUUUGGUUUCGAUCCAGAUUUUUUUAUGAACGUUGGUUUUAGUUUGCGAACUGCCUCAGAUCCCUUGGGGAAGAAAAGCAGACUAGAAGUGAAGGAAAUAAAUUAAUAAAGUAGCUGACUUGGGGUUUAUGGAUCCUGACUCAGCGGCUGCUGUCAGAGAUGUCAAAGAAGAUGCCGCCCACCACCCAUCGGAGAGGAGGGGGCAAAGAGACCGGGGAAUUAGACCCUUGUUGCAGUUUGAACCUCGAUAGAGUCGUGAAGAGGGAAUGGCUUUGCUCAUGAAAUAAUUACUAAAUAUAUUAGCGGCCUCUGGAAACUCUGCUCCUGCCCUUCCACGCAUCAGAGGAAAUGAGAAUAUUGCCUAUUUUAAAACAGCGACAUUCUGCUAGUUUGUUUUUCAGUUCAGAUUGUGUUGCUGGUAGGUUAUGACUGUCACAGUCUAGGACCUACAUAUCUGAAGGACUGACAAGAUUUCCAAGGGUAUAAGCUUUCGAGAGCCAAGCUCCCUUCAUCAGAGGGGAGUUUUGACUCUUGAAAACUUAUACC